CGAACCUUGUCAAUCAUAAAAAAACUUAUAAAAAUAAUUGUCCCACCUUUCUUUGACAUUCUUAUCCGUGACCGAAACUUUUUCUAUUUUAUCCAUAAUGCACUUGAUCCAAAUCCCUUGUCUUCUUUUCUCUAUAUUUCGCAAGCUUAUAUAUCUUAUGUUCUCCUUUCUUGUCUCUAGGUCCUGGUAAAACUCUUCAAAUACUUUAGAUCAUAUUUCAUGCACCACCUUUCGUAUCUCAUUCUUAGCAUUCCAAUACCUUAACCAGUUUUUAGCAUUAUUGUGCGCUUUUAAGAUUUUGAAACAUUCUCUUUUAUUUUUAACCUUUUCUUGAACCUUUUCAUCCCACCACCAAGAUUUCUUGUCUCUCAACUCAAAACCUUUUUAAUUCACGUAAGACUGUUUUAGCAACUUUUCUUAUCUUCUUAUCCUAUAAUAUACGAUAAAAAAAUAGAGAUGAGCAAGUAGGAAUAUUAUUUUUCUAGGAAUUGACACAAAUAUGCCCUUAAAAUUGACAGAAAGAAGCCUCAAAUAUUAUAUAGACAAACAUAGAAUAGAACUAUAACAAAAGGAGAGUCAAGGGAACUAGAGUAGACAAAUUAAUCUUAUGCAGGUGAAGAAAUGGAGACCCUUCCUCUGAAUACCAUCUAUGUCCAAAACCUGUUAGUUAUCAUCAAUAGGUUACACAUGUUACUCCACUCCACUGCACUAGCCUUCUUGUUCUAUUACAGACUAUGCUUUUUUUUCCAACCCUCAGAAACAAGAGAAAGCCACUUGUUAUUACCAUGGUUACUUGUUUUUGCUUCAGAGAUCAUUCUCUCCUUCAUUUGGAUCCUUGAUCAAGCUUUUCGUUGGCGUCCCGUUUCGCGGUCCGUCUUCCCGGAACGAUUGCCGGAGGAUCACAAGCUUCCUGCUAUUGAUGUGUUCAUAUGCACUGCUGAUGCAACUAAGGAACCAACUUUGGAUGUGAUGAACACAGUUUUAUCAGCCAUGGCACUGGAUUACCCUCCUCAGAAACUUCAUGUGUAUGUUUCGGAUGAUGGAGGGUCUCCAUUGAUUCUUCAUGGAGUGAGGGAGGCUUGGAAGUUUGCUAGGUGGUGGCUUCCAUUUUGUAGAAGGCACAAAAUAAAGAACAGGUGUCCCAAGGCUUACUUUUCUGCUUUGAAGGAUAAUGAUGAUGGUGAUUUUGCAAGGAGUAGUGUGUACAUGGAAGAUAAGCAAAAGAUCAAGGAAAAGUACGAGGCUUUUAAAGAGGAGAUAAAGACUUUCAGAAAAGAUAGAACCUUUUCCAGAGAUUACCCUUCUGUCAUUGAGGUGAUGCAAGAAACUAUCAUUGAUGAUGUAGAUGAUGUCAAAAUGCCUCUCCUUGUUUAUGUUUCUCGCGAGAAAAAGCCUUCUCAUCCCCACCAUUUCAAGGCUGGAGCACUCAAUGUCCUUCUUCGCGUCUCUUCCGUGAUGAGUAAUUCUCCAUACAUUCUAGUUCUAGACUGUGACAUGUUCUGUAAUGAUCCAACUUCAGCUCGAUAUGCCAUGUGUUUUCACCUCGAUCCAAAGAUAUCCUCCUCCUUGGCUUUUGUUCAAUUUCCUCAGAAAUUUCACAACAUUAGCAAGAAUGACAUCUAUGAUAGUCAACUAAGAUCAAUAUUUACACUACAAUGGCAAGGUAUGGAUGGGCUUAUGGGACCAGUGAUUUCAGGUACAGGCUUUUAUAUAAAAAGGGUAUCACUGUUUGGAAACUUCGCAAGGAAAGGAACUGAUCUGCUGCAACUUAAAGAAUACUUUGGUUCAUCUAACGAAUUCAUCAGAUCACUUAAUCAAAACUACACAAGUGAUUUGGUAUCUGGUCAGAAAUAUGCAUUACUAGAAGAACCUCACUUUUUGGCUUCUUGUAACUAUGAAAUUGGCACUAAAUGGGGCCAAGAGGUUGGUUUCUCGUAUGUUAGUGUAGUAGAAGACUACCUCACUGGAUUUAUUUUGAAUUGUAAUGGAUGGACUUCAGUUUUCUGUGAACCAUCUAGGCCACAGUUUCUAGGUUCAGCUACAACAAAUUUGAAUGAUGUACUAAUCCAAGGCACUAGAUGGUACAGUGGUUUGUUUGAAAAUGGUAUAAAUAGGUUUUGCCCCCUUACAUAUGGGCUUUCAAAGAUGCCACUUCUCCAGAGUCUAUGUUUAGCAUGGCUCACAUAUUUCCCUCUUUAUUGUUUCCCUCUUUGGUGUUUUGCUACUAUCCCUCAGCUCUGUCUACUAAAUGGAAUACCCUUGUACCCUAAGGUUUCAGACCCAUUUUUCAUUAUCUUUUCAUUCAUCUUUCUAUCAGCUCUUCUAAAACAUUUACUUGAAGUCUUCUUAACUGGUGGAACACUCAAAAAGUGGAUAAAUGAGCAGAGGAUAUGGAUGAUGAAAUCAGUUACUUGCCAUCUAUAUGGAUGUUUGGAUGCACUACUAAAGAAAGUUGGCAUAAGAGAAGCUAGUUUCUUGCCAACUAAUAAAUUAGGGAAUGAUGAACAGACUGUGCUAUAUCAAAUGGAUAAAUAUGACUUCCAAGCAUCAAAUAUCUUUGUAGUGCCAAUGCUUGCCCUCAUCACUAUCAACAUAUCUUGCUUCUUUGGAGGAGUCUACAGAGUGUUAUUGGUGGGUGAUUGUGACAAAAUGUUUGUGCAGCUUUUCCUAGCAGUUUUUAUAAUUACGGUCAACUACCCCAUCAUUGAAGGGCUGAUGAUAAGGAAGGACAAGGGACGAAUUUCUAAGUUAGUUGCUAUACCUGUUAUCUUGGCUACUGUUGUUCUUUUGGCAUUUUUUAAACUACUAGGAAUGCAUAGUAUGCUCUACUAGUAAUUUGAGUUUAAUUUUUGUGCACUGAUGGGAGACUUUUAUAUGGUCAACCAAUCAGAAGUUAUGACAGAUAUGACUUUUAACUAAUUUUCGUAAAAGUCAAUAAACUUAUCAUACAUAGCAAUUUGGAUGAUAGUAUAAAAACUCUCUACAUUGUCAGAGCAUA